GGACACAGAAGUGUACCCCUGUGCAAGAGUCAUCUCUCAGUUGAUGAGCAAUUCAUUUUAUCCCAUAUAUUUACGAGAACUGGAAACACGUUUGAUUUAACUAACGCGACGUUUCACAGCAUUCUGUACUCUUUGAAGGAAGAACCGUUCUUUUUCGCGAUACAUUGUUCUACCCGGAGUACUACCGCGGUAGCACACAACAACAAAAACACGGAAAAAACAAGAAUCAGCUGACACAACUCGUUGAAGCUGCACCGUGUCACCGGUUUUUGACCGAAUCGAGCACUGUGACAAAUGGAAGACCAAGAGAUGCAACUGAAAGUCCGGCGAGGUAAACACUUGCCGAGUAAAACAGCAGGAAUACUCACCUCAUCAUUGCUAAAUCUGUUUUAGCUUCGAUUAGCCGCGAAGCUAAUGCUAUCUUAAACGUCAAGGGAGUCGUGCAACUUCCCUGUUUCACGCAGCUAAAUGUUUUAAUUUCUAACUGUGCCUAUGUGUAUCACGCUCUUGUGUCUUGUUUUUUCUCCUGCAGUGACUGACAAGUUCACAGAGAGCAUGUAUGUCCUCGCUAACGAGCCGUCAGUUGCUCUGUACAGACUGCAGGAGCACGUUAGGAGGUCCCUGCCUGAACUGGUCCAACAUAAGGUAUUUACCUUCAUCCUGUGCUUUAACCUGGACACUGAGAGAAACAUAAAGCUUAAGAAUUAGUUUUAAUUGUAGUAUUCCAAUGGACAUCAUUAACAUCAUCAUAUACAGUGCCUUGAAAGAGUAUUCAUACCCCUUGAACUUUUUCACAUUUUGUCACUCUACAACCACAAACUUGAAAGUAUUUUAUUGAGAUUUUUUUGUCAUAGACCAACACAAAGUAGCACAUAGUUGUGAAGUGGAACGAAAAUGAUACAUGGUUUUCAAAAAUUUAAACAAAUUAAAUUCUGAAAAGUGUGGUGUGCAUUUGUAUUCAGCCCCCAUGUGCCAUCUUUCGCUGUAGUUACAGCUGCAAGUCUUUUUGGGUAUGUCUCUACAAGCUUUGCACAUUUAGAGACUGAAAUUGUCUCUGACUAGCUUCCCUGUCCCUGCUGAAGAAAAGCAUCCCCACAGCAUGAGGCUGCCACCACCAUGUUUCACAGUGGGGAUGGUGUGUUCAGGGUGAUGAGCAGUGUUACUUUACCACCACACAUAGCGGUUUGCAUUCAGGCCAAAAGUUCAACUUUGCUCUCAUCUGACCAGAGCACCUUCUUCCAAAUGUUUGCUGUGUCCCCUACAUGGCUUGUGGCAAACUGCAAACAGGACUUUUUGUGUCUUUCUGUCAACAUGGCUUUCUUCUUGCCGCUCUUCCAUAAAGGCCAGAUUUGUGGAGUACACGACUUAUAGUUGUCCUGUGGACAGAUUCUCCCACCUGAGCUGUGGAUUUCUGCUGCUCCUCCAGAGGGACCAUGGGCCUCUUGGCUGCUUCUCUCACCAGUGCUCUCCUUGCUCAAUCUGUCAGUUUAGGUGGACAGCCAUGUCUUGGUACGUUAGCAGUCGUGGCAUACUUCUUCCAUUUUUGGAUGAUGGAUUGAACAGUGCUCCUUGAGAUGUUCUAAGCUCUGGAUAUUUUUUUAUAACCUAACCCUGCUUUAAACUUCUUCACAACUUUUUCCCUGACCUGUCUGGUGAGUUCCUUGGUCUUCAUGAUGCUCUUUGUUGACUAAUGUUCUCUAACAAAGCACUGAGGCCUUCCCAGAACAGUUGUAUUUAUUCUGAUACUAAAUUACACACAGGUGAACUCUAUUAAUUAAUUGGUUGACUUCUGAAGGCAAUUGGUUGCACUGUAUUUUAUUUAGGGGUAUCAGAGUACAGGGGGCUGAAUACAAUUGCACACCACACUGUUCAGAUUUUUAUUUUUUUAAACUUUUGAAAACCAUGUAUAAUUUUCAUUCCACUUCACAAUUGUGUGUUACUUUGUGUUGGUCUAUGACAAAAAAUCUCAAAAUACUUUUAAAUUUGUGGUUGUAGAGUGACAAAAUGUGAAAAAGUUCAAGGGGUAUGAAGACUUUUUCAAGGCACUGUAAUUGUGUCUGCCAAGCAUCAAGAUUAAUAUUGUUGAUGAUGUGAUCAAGACUAGACACGUGAUAUGAUGCAACAACUGUACAGUGUCAAGCAAAUGAACUACAACUAAAGAGAGUAUAUGCAGUCACACUCACACAUACACUCAGUAUCUGGCAGUUUUCCCUUGUGUUGCUUCAGCACUCAAAUAGGCUCUGUUUGUCUGCGGGGCUGGAAGCUGCAGUUUAUAAGAUCGCAGUUCUUAACCCACAUCAUCAGGACCUCUGUGUUGUGUGACACUUAGUAAGUAAGUAGAUAAAGUUUAUUUAUAGAGCGCUUUUCACAGAUAAAAAUCACAAAGGGCUGUACAUAAAAUAAGUGCAAUUGGAUAAACAUAAACGAUACACACAAAUACGAAUACAGUACAGUUGAGUACAGAAAUAAGUUCAGAUACAAAAGAUAAGUAAAAGAGACAAACAAAACCCUGUUAAUUGAGAGCUUGUCAAUUAAAAGAGUCUUCAACUGCUUUUUAAAAACAUCCACUGAGUCGAUCAAAUGAAGGGAGAUGGGUAGAUCGUUCCAGAGUCUGGGGUUAAUGGUCUUUAAGGCCAGGUCUCCCUGAGUUUUAAAUCGGGUCUUCGGCACCUUUAGGAGGUUCUGGUCUGAGUGUGUUGCACAACAAGUCAGUGAUGUACUGGGGGGCCUGACCAUGCAGCGCCCGGAAAGUUAGAACUAAAAUUUUAAGAUUAAUAUGAUAAUUGACCAGUAGCCAAUGAAGACGCAAUAAGACAGAGGUGAUGUGAGCAGAUUUGGGCAUGUCUGUCAGAAGUCUGGUGGCUGAGUUUUGGACAAACUGAUGUCUCUUUAUUGCUGCCUUAUUAAAACAAAUGAACAGAGAAUUGCAAUAACCAAUACGGGAUGAGAUAAACGCAUGAAUGAUCGAUUCAAGAUCUGGUUUCGACAACAUUCUCUUCACUUUAAAGAUAUUUCUCAGGUGAUUAAAAACAACUUUUGGUCAGCUGUCGCGAAUGAUGUGUACAGUCCAUGGUUGCACACGAAACAUGCAAUCAUACACACAAGAAGUAAUGCUAUUGUAAAUAACAAGGAUUUUAAAAUAGCCAUUGAAGAGCCUCUGGGUCUGCAGUCACAUGCUACUCACUAAAUUGGCUCUAGUCAGUCUCUAUGCAGCUUGAGCUUCAUCUGCCAGUUUUUUCAGGUGCAGCUGUAAAGUUCAUGGCAAAUGUAUUAUGAUGUCUUCAAUUUUUGCUUGUCAAGUGGCGCACAAUCAAGGGACUAAACAGGUUUCAGGUCACAACAAAGAAGAUGGUUAGGGCUUGAUUAUCCAGAGCUGUUGAGGAUGCAACAUUAGCCAAAACAAUCAGCUAGUCUCCUCCUAUUUGCUGUAAGCACCAGGUGUAUCUAAAGCCAGGUGCAUUUUUAUUUACACAGCAGAUUUCAGCCUCUCUAAUUUAGAUCGACCAGGCUUGGGCCAGCAUAUCAUUCACAGGACACACACAUGUCACUGUGUGAGUAAUGGCUUUGAGGGAUUCAAGUUUAAGAGGGACACUUAUUUACACAUAGGGUAAGGUUGUGUUACUUCAUCGAGUUCAAUCUCAACAUGGACAGACUUUUAAGUAUCUGAUAGGUGAGAUGUUUUUCACUGAAAUCCCAUGUGCUAAACAAUAAAGGUGGCUGAGCACAUUUGUUUCCUAAAUUUUGCUGCUGGAUCACAUGACUGUACUGCAUGUAAAAUGAACACAUUAUCUGUUGACAUGAUGUUUUUGUUUCACUGAUUGUUUGAGAAUCAUGAAAAAUGUACAAGCAAGUGUUUCUGUUACUGUGUGCUUCAUCUGAGAGAAUCUAGAUCACAGUCAGUACACAUGGCAGAGUGUUGGUCAGUCUCAGGCUAAAGUUUUGGGCCUGUACAGGCCUGUAGUGCUGGCAUCCUGACAUCGACCUUAAACUGAAACUGUAUUAUGGAGACCAAGGACACAGGAGCUCACUAACUCCAAGUACUCUGUCCUGUUAAAAAUCUCAGUUCAAAUGUACCAGCAGGUUUGUCCUCAUGAGUAGAACCACAGCUGUGUGUCUCUGUGUGUAUGAAACAAGCAGAGGAACAUGUGUCAUGAAUGUUUAUCUCAUGGACACUCUAAAUAUCAGAAAAGUACUACACCAUAGACUUAAGACCUUAGACCAGGAUUUAGUCGCAUCGGGACAAAAGCAGCAGACUAUCUCUCUGUCUAACUAUACUUUAUUUUGAAACCAACAUGCCCACGGGUGCUAAUGUGGGCGCAAGUGGCUUUGCUUUUCAUAAAAUGUGGAUGCAAGCCAUGAAAAUGACAACUGCAAUGAGGUUAAAAUAGAAGUGAUACUUGGGCUGGAACAGGGAGCUCUGUGCCAGGUGUGAGUUUAAUGUAAUGUUAGCCUGAAAUGGCCUUCAGAAUGAGCGUGUCUUUUUCUAUUCAGUGUAAUGGAUGAGUAUGAAUUUUGCUCGAGCUAAUUGGAUUUGGUUGCUGCUGUUAACUUUCUAAUAUUCAUUCUCUCUAUUCUUAGCAGCCUCUUUCUUUAUUGCUGAAGUGCUUUUCUGCAGUUCUGACAGGAUACCAGCAGCUAUGGAGAUCUUUUCUUUGAUGAUUUAACAUGUGCUUUGUUGUCCAAUUUCACAUCUUUACUUGAUUGUUUAAUGUUUAACGUAAAAACAUAUCAUCUACUUUGAUUAUAAAGUUCUGCUGUUUGAAUGCAGUAGUUUUACUUACCUGUCCUUUCCUCCUCCAUAGACAGACAUGCAGAGCUGGGAGGAGCAGAGUCAAGGAGCCAUCUACACUGUGGAGUAUGCAUGCAGGUGAGGAGCACAGUCCUGUGUUAUUGGAUUCAUCCAGCCACAUUGCUUUUGCUCUAUUGACUGCUAACACUUGAAUCAUUCUGCUGGAUUUUUCAGUGCAGUGAAGAGCAUGACGAACAGCAGCUUGUGUUUUAAAAACAUCGAUGGCCUCCUUCGUCAGGCCAUCAGCCUGAAGGAACAGAUCAGCACCACUCAAGGUCGCAGGUAGGAGGCAGUGAAGGACACCUUUAUGUUUACCUAACUCAUUACACACAAGUAAGGGAACUUCAAGGGUUUUUGUCACCUUGCUGAAUAUUUGUGCUACUAUCUCAGAGUGUUUACUGAUUUUUAAAGAAAGAGGACAAUUUUGAUCAGUCUGAGGCAAAAAAACAGCAACAUAAUUAAUGCCAAUGAUUGACAAACCAGAGGAUUAGUGUUUAUUCAAACAUUAUAUAUAUAUAUAUAUAUAUUUAUUUCAUGUUUGUAUUCUCCCUUUCCCCUACAUCAUAAUGAAUUACACCAGCUUUCAUUUGUUUCAUUUGCUCCUUCAUUUAUGAUCAUUUGUAUUGAUUACACUUUUGCCUUUCACUCUUCCAUUUUGUUUUAUUUUAUGACAUUCAUCCCCCGAUAACAGCAAAUCAUGUUCAGUCCACCUAUGAGCUCUCUGUGGUUGAUGGGAAAUUCAUGCUUUCUCUUUCAUUUGUCUGUGCUGUUUUUGUUUCCAAAUGACACCUGCAUGACACUUAAAGUGAUGUGACCCCCUCUCCCAGUCCCCUUGUCUCUGCUUCACAUGCCCCCUCCACUUCCUCAUGACAUCUGCACAGAGGUGUCCAAGGUUAGUAGUUCCUGCCAGGCGUGAUAUGAUCAUGUUCAGAUCUGUACUUUGUGUGAACUUACUUUCUUUGUUCUUGAAAUGUGUGGUAUGUAUAUUUAAUCACAACUGAAGUACAAAGUUUUUGUUUUUUUCACGAGUAGGAUUUUGUUUUUAUUCAGAUGACAUAAAGGCAUCCUACUUUGAAUCUAAGUUAAAUUUUCUAAAAUUUUAUUCAAGUUGAUAUGAAACACACAAACAUCAAAAAACAAAUCGGCAAAUAAUGCACAAAUAUUUGGCAAAAAGCUAACAUGUACAGCGGAAUAAAGUAUUUACAUUAUUAUAAUGAAAGCUUCAAAUUUAUAGGAUUGAUACUCUGUCAAAAUCGGUCUUUACAACGGCAUUUAAAUCAUGUUCAUUCAUAGAAAAUACUACAAACUAUAAAAGUUGUGCUCAGUAUGUUCAAAUCAAGAAUCUUUUACACUUUCAGAAGUAGAUCAACUGAGAGACUCGGGUGUGUUUUUCAGUCCAUGUUGUCAGGAAUCAGUCAAGGUGAAAAGCUUAGGGUCAAGGGGUAAAAAUUGACAGUUCUAUAUCUGUGUAAGAUGACGUCUCUGUUAGCGGUCUUCUUUUCAGUGUCUUUAUCCACACAUUCAGCUCCCUCUCUAUCACACAAGGGUUGAGUCUUUUGCUGUAAUCCCAGUCUUGCGAGCGAGAACACUCCUCAUCUCACUGUUGACCCCAUUCCAGGGUUUAGCCUGAGACUGCAGUAUACCAGAUUCCGUAGACAGGGUCCUGUGCAUUCUGGGACCACUGCCACCACUGCUGUAUCCAUCUUUAUCACUAGUGUGGCCCUGGGAUCCUCUAUCUGGCGAGUACUGUGGUUGCUGGUGUUUUUCUCGCUGUCUCGGGUUACUGUACUGAGGGUAGGACAUUGGAUGUUGGAUGUGAGACUCAUGCCGGUGUAUCCGCGGUUUGUCCACGCCAAUUUUAAGCUCACAGGGUCGGGGGAGAGGUUUGUUGCUACUCCCAUGAUCAUUCUCGUAAAGAGUGUCGAUACGGUCCGUCUUAUACUGCUUGGCACCACAAGUAGCUUUGACCAGAGAGUGGGUCACGACAAACAGGAGGAUUAAAAUCCCAGAGGAGAGUAUGCAAGCACUCGCGAUGCCAGUCUCCUGCUCAAAUAUCAGGAGCAUAAAGAUGGACAUAGCUGUGAAGGAAGAGAAAAAAGGACAGGGGGAAUAAAAUGUGAAUGUUUCAGUAACAUUUUCUCAAUGAGCCACAUUAUUUCAGUGCCUGAGUCCUUCACAAUGUUACAUGAAGCCUUCUGUUCUGGGAUGAGUUGUUUCUUUGUUGAAUUUACUUUGUUCCUGUGAUUUUUGAGCGGUAAAGCACCAGAAUCUUGAUGAAAAAGUUUCACCUCUUUGAGAUUUAUAUGAUUUUAAUGUAUCUUAACUUCCAGAAAAAGGACUAUGGACCCUGGCCCGAUGAAGGAAGGAGGUGAAAAGCACAGCUCCGGGAUGUGAUGGAUCUUCCUGAGUUGCUGGUGUUGCUUCCAUGGUCCCUUACUCUGCUACCUCUUGAUAGAGGCUGAAGAGGGGUCUUAAGGGCAACACCUCCUCAUUACAAUGGAGUGGCUGCCUCCAGUGACCCCCACCAGUGCAAGCCGCUCAGUGGAACAGAGCACCAGAGCACUGCCAGGGCCGGCAUUUAAAAACACUCAAGUCAUGGACGCUACUCAAAGAAUGCAUUGUUCUCGCUGGACAGAACAGGGAGUAAGCAGUUGAGCUGUUUUAGUCUGCUGCUGCUGGAAAUCCACAUUUUUGCCAAUGCAUGGACAAAAGUUGUCAGGUUUCUGUUGAUACUGUUGUUAAAAACUAAUGCCCAAAAAGUACUUCACAGUCAGAGCUAAUGUGUAUUCAUUGAAAACAACUUUUUUCGCCAAAAAAAGAGGUGUCCAGUUCUUAUCUGCAUUUUAGGAUGAGGUUUAUGUAUCAGCCUGACCGAACGAGAAGUUCCUAAGUAGGAGAUUCAAUAUCUUAUCAUCUCAAAUAACUUUUUUUUUCAGUUAUUUGUUCUUACCUGCCAAAUAGACUGAAACCCCAAGGCAGAAGAGUCCUAUAGCCACAUGUCGUAUAGACCUGCUGUCCAAAAGGAACCAGUCUGCUCUGUGGAAACAAAUGUCAUAUGUCAAAGUGGAAGCAUGUCUGCAGUUAAACUAACUACUUUGUUUUUUUCCUGUAUGGUAACUGGAGAUGAUUUAAAGCAUCAUUUCUGAACCAGGUAGUUUCUUUUGUGUGAGUUCAUGACAGCUUUUUUACUUAACAUUUCUUUAGUCCCUUUUUUGUCCAUCAGAAGUCAAGCAUUUUGAUUAUUAGUUAUUAAGGUUAGUCAAAAUGUUUAAAAACUUUGUAAAGCUCAUUAUUAUUCACAUUUCUUGGAAUGUCCCCUCUGUCAGGAGGGAGGUCCUGAGGAAUGUUGUUGAAUUUGUAAAGCGACGUGGGAACGGGCCAGCUACAGGCCGUGUGCUGGGUGCAUAAUAAGAGGAAGGCCAUUGUUUAGAUGGGAUUCAUAGGGGUUGAAAGGUGGGGGUCGAGCAAAAACACUGCAGUACGGGCCUCUGCACUCUGAUGACACAUGAGGACGGCCUCUUUAGGCUUCUGAAACUGCAUUUUUCUUUUGAUGAAACUUCAGAUGGGCUACCAGUAUCUGCUGCGGCCAACCGAGGAUAACCGAAGAUUGUGUGGGCACAGAAAAAAUGAAAUAAUUUUUGUUUUCUCCAGUACAUGAACUCAAAAACAGAAACCCAUGCAGGAUAAAAUGCAGUGACGUACUAUUUUAUCAUAACAACCAAUCAAAAUAAUAAUGUUAUGUUUAAUUGAGGUAAUGAUGAAGUCCUGGGUAAGAUAGUGCUUUGUAUAGUUUUGCUCUGACUAGGGCUGAAAGCUCAGGUUUAGCAUGUCUAAAUAAAAGGCUCACAUAUAGAGGUUGAAUUGUAUUACAAUGUGUAUUUUGUUGGCCAUUCAUUGCAUUUUGACAUCUUUAUAAAGUACAGCUAGGCUUCAUAACUUCUUUACAGCAUAGCAACUGUGACUUCUACUGAAAACAAGACAAUUUAAUGCAACAGUGAAUCUAGUUAGCCUCAUUAUGAAGUGUAAUGUUUGCCAGUGUUAAUGAACACGAGCUACUUAAGUGCUGUGUGUGCCAGACUAAGUAGAGUUGAGUCAGCAAAGCUCCCUUGUGAAUUAAAUUGAGAAAGAGGGGGAUUUAUAGUUUAUGAAUUAAUCCCUUAGGUUCAUAUCCUAGGAAACUUGGUGCUUUAUUUUGUUUAAACAUGUAUAGUCGUGCUGAAAAAGUCGAAAUAAACGGGAAGAAGCGGUUGAAAAUGGAUGGAUCGAUAUUGGCCCAAUAGCCUCCAUCGCAGGUGCUGUGUAAUUAAGACCUUAUAGCUUACUGACCGGAACUAGCUUAGCUCCGAAUUAUUUACAGCAAACGCAGCGCGAGAAAGUUGUACAAAGUGUGUGAAACGACCUUCAGGACAUUCAUAGUUGUUAAAUAAGAGUAAUAUGUGUACCUCUCAGUGUCGUGCUCUCCCCUGCAGACCUCUGUGGAGAAAUAGCUGUGGAGCAGACACACCACCACAGAGCUUAAAUUCAGUGUGAGGGACAGGGCAGAGAGCACCGCGGAGACGGGCAGCAGCACUGCCCAGACCGUGGGAGGUAUGGCCGCAGAGGUGGACGGGGGAGACUCCCUUAUUGCGAUCUGUUGAGACUGAAGCUGGAAAAUUAAAAUGACCGAUAAAACGGACAUGAUGGCUGAUAAAAUCCCCAGUAAAGACAGGACUAUGAGAGACCGCUGGCUGUACUUGAGUGUCAUGUUUAUCCCAAGGGUCCAGAGACAAAAAGAAAGUUUCCCUGGUCGAAGUUUUCAAAGCUCCUCUCCGGUGAUCCUACUCUGCAGCAUUACUUCGUGGUGGAGUUAAUGUUUGCUCGCUCCUUUCGGGAUGAAUAGUUUCCUCUCCAGAGUGGGUUUCUUUCUUUUUUUUUUUUUUACAGGAGCCUAGUUUCUCCUGCUGUUGUUGUUGAGCGCCCCGCUGCCCUCUCCGAGCAUGUGAUGUGCUUUAAAUCCCCAGAUUAAAAACUUCGCAACAACAAU